AUUUUAAAUUGUACAAUCGGCUAUUUUGCGUCAUUUUAGUCUAUGUGGCAAAAUAAGACUGGCAAUGCUUGUUUAGGCUGGUAAGCUGACGCCUUUAAAUUGUGCUACUGUCUACGGAAUAUGCACCUGAACUGUAACAUUUGAAAGUUUUUAAAGUUGUCUAAAUAGAAUAAAAUGUUUCGCUUUUUGUUGUGCUUCUUUUUUGUCGUAGCCACCAACGCAAAAGUCAGGAUGUGUGGUAAUCACUUCUGCACAGUGGCUCUGUACCGUGGUCACGCGUUAGAUGAUUGGGGAGAAGAAACUCCAGGCUUUCUGAAAUUGAAUAAGGGUGCUUUUGUAACUGUGUUUGGGGUUGAAGGAAAAUACUUUGAUGCUGAGUCGGAAGGAGUUCGAGGUUUUAUGCCCAAAGAACUGGCCGUUAUCUCGGAGACCCUGCUCGAGCCUACUGUCGAGUUCAACCCGUACUACAAGGAGGAGGAGUCAGCUGCAGAUACCUCUCAGGAUCAGGUUGCCCAGAAUGGUGACAGUAGCAACAGCUCUGAAGAGGAUAUGGUAAAGCGAGAGGCUGGGGAGGAAGAGAAGAAAAUGGCUGAAGAAGAAGAACUUAAACGUUUGGCAGAAGAACUGGAUGUGACACGGCUUACUGAAGAAGCAGAGGCAAAGCUGCUUGCUGAAGAAGAAGAAGCAAAACGGCUUGCGGAAGAGGCAGAAGCAAAACAUCUUGCUGAAGAACAAGAAAAGAUACGACUCGCCAAAGAAGAAGCAAGGCGGCUAGCUAUAGAAGAAGCAAAAAAGCAGGCUGAAGAAGAAGUCAAAAGAAAAGCUGAAGAAGAAGCUAAAAGAAAAGCUGAAGAAGAAGAAGCUAAACGUGCCGAAGCAGAGAUGUUGGCUGAACAACAGAAGCUUGAAGCGGAAGCUGAACGUUUACGUGUUGAAGAGCAAGCUAAAAUAGACCGGGAACGUGAACAAGAGAGAAUAAGGAAAGAUCAGGAGAAAAGAAAGGAGGAGGCGGCAGAGAAACAUCGCGAGGGACUAGAGAGAUUGGAGCAGGAGCGGCUGGAAAAAGAGAGGCUGCAGCAAGAAAAACGAGAUAAUGAUAGGCUGGCAAGGGAGGAGCAGGAAAAGAAGAAACAAGAAGUAGAACGUCUCAAGGAGGAGAGAGCAGAAAAGAAAAGACUGGAUAAAGAGCGCAAAGACAAAGAAAGAGCAGCCAGAAAAAAGUUAGAAGAAGAAAGGUUGGCACAUGAAGAAAAGCUCGAACAAGAAAGACUCGCCAAGGAACGAGAGAGGCUUGAGCAAGAUCGACUGGAACACGAAAGAGUCGAGAAAGAACGUGCUGCUAUAAAAGAGGCAGAAAUAGAACAAGAUCGUAUUCACCAGGAGGCUAUGGAGCGAGAACUGAAGGAGAAGGAGGAAGAUAGACUCCGUCGGGAGCAGGAACAGCAAGAACUAGAGCAGCUGGAACAAGAAACAGCUGCCGAGGAAGCGAAGCUUGAAAAACUCAAGGCAGAGCAACAAAAGCGCAUGAGGGAUCAGAAACAGCACGACGACAGAAUGAAAAACGGCCGUAAACAGAAAAUGGCCGACAAGAGGAAAAUGGAGGAAGAUUCCAAAAAGUCAGAGUUCUUGGCAAAGAAACAGCAGCUUCAAGAGCAGUACCAACUGAAACGAGAACAGAUGAGACAGGCUCAGCUGGAGAGGGAGCGGAAACAGAAUAUUCACCGCACUGGCGUCGCUAGUAACGAACAAGUUGUUGCUCCGAAUACCGAAGGAACUUGCGAUGGCGAAUCUUGUGGUCAAGAAGUAACUGCAGACAAACCAGAUGAACAACAUAUUCAUCAGGAUCCUCCUCAGCAAGAGCAUCAGGAACAAAAUCCUAACCCCCCUCAAGAGAUCGCUCAUCAGGAACCUAUCCACAAUCAGGAACCUCAUGAACCUCAUGAACAUGUUGAAAAUGUUGAAAAUGUUGAACAUGAUGAAAAUGUUGAACAUGAUGAACAUGUUGAACAUGAUGAACAUGUUGAAUCUCAUCACGAGGAAUCUAAUCAACACCAGGAACCCCCUCCCCAAGAUCAGCAGCACCAAGCUGAACAAACUAACCAAGAAACUAACCAAGAAACCCAACAAGGCACUGAAACUGAGCCUCAUAUUGUAGAGACUAAACCUGAGGACACUGAUCUGCCAGCACAGCCUGAUGAAUCUCAACAAGAAGCUAGUAGAGAGGGACAACAAGAGGACAACAAGGAGGCCGACAAGGAGGCUGACAAGGAGGCUGAGGUAACGAGUGGUGAGAAGCCUGUAAAGGAGGAAUACGAUGAAGAUUUAGAUGAUCUAGGUUAACUAUUUCAGGAGAACUCCCUGAUGAGAUGAAGGAUGAGGAGGCACUAGAAAAAGAGGAGGAGGAAAAAGAGAGGGAUCUCCUGGAGAAGGAGAAGGAGGAGGAGAGGAGGGAGUCGGACAAGGAGCUACACUACGACCACAGUAAAAGGGAUCUGGGGAUACAGCAGGGGGUAGACAAGUUGAACAGGCAAGAUGGCAUGGAAACUGCCGUGAAGAAACCUGCCCUUCCUUUCUACUGCAGCAUACCUAUU